AUGGCCGCGUUUCGGAGAGUUGUGGCGGCUGCAGCAUUGGCUGUGACGUCGGUGCUGGCUGAAACUCAGCAGUUUGCCACCGUGCCCUUGCUUGGAGGGUCGGUGGACUGGCACUUUUCCAAUUGGCGAGCCGUCACGGACCAGGUACGGGGUGGCGUGUCCACGGCAAAGCUGGAGCCCUGCGCAGCAGGUGCCAGGUUUACCGGCAAUUUGGAUCCUUCCAUUCUGAAAGCUGGAUUUGCUGGCAUGGAGCUGGAUGUGAAAGUCCUUCCCGCCACUUUCUCUGACCUCGACGGAUUGAACUUGGCAGUCUCAGACGCGGACGGGCAUGAGUACACCUUGCUGGUGAAGACCAAAGGAUCUUCAUAUCAAGUGCGCUUCGUGCCGAAGAAGCAGAGUCCAUUUGAGACUUUCUUCAAGGAUUUCGUUGCAUUCUAUCGCGGUAGACCUGAUGCCAGCGCGGCUCCACUUGACAAGUCUCAGAUUGAAACGCUGGCCAUUCAGAUUGCGAGCCGUGACUUUGGUGUGAUUGUCCGCUCCAGAAAUCGCUGGAGAAUGAUGGAGUUUAGCUUGCCGAGCUUUCGGGUGGAAACACAGAAUCUCCUGAACGAAAUCGCCCGGGUGACGGUGGACAGCCUCAACACGAAGGCCCACAAUCAGAUGCUGAAGGAUCGACAUAAGCAGCUGAGCGAUGAGCUGGCAGAGAGGGAGAAACUCAUCGAGCAGUAUGAACAAGAGAUCCGAAAGCGACAUCAUCAGAUUGAAAAGAAACAGCUCUUCGUGGAUCGCCUCAAUCGCGAAUACGACGAGAAGAGGACGAAACUGGAGGCGGAGAUCGGCAACGACGAGGAUGUAGCGGGGCCACAGGAGGCCAAACUGAAACACAUGCGCAAGGCCAUUGCGGAGCUCACCAAGGAAUGCUCGGACAUGCAGAAGGACUGGAUCCAGAAACAGACCCAGCUGCUGUCGAUCGCCAGCGAUACCGACAAAUUGAAGGGCAACCUCAACGAAAACAAGAACAAGAAGAUGGUCUUGGAGCAGAAGAAGAUUCGCAUCGAAGGGCAGCUGUCGGGUCAUGAGAAGGAGAUUCGGGAGCUGGAGAACAACAUGAAGCAUCUGCGUUUUGACAUGGACCGCAUGAACGGGGCCGUGGUGAAGAACGAGUCCAGAUCUGAUGAGAUCUCGAAUUCCAACCAGAUGAUGGAAACGGAGUUCGUGCAAAAGCUCAAGGAGAUCGAAAGUAGGUGUCUUGAUAUGGAACGAGACGUGGAGAAGUUGAGACUAGAGAAGGAUCAAAUGAACCAGGACAUCCUGGAAUCAGAACGACAGGUUCUUCUCUGGGAGAGGAAGAUCACCUUAGAGAAAGAGAUGCAAGCAGCUUUGGAUCCGAACGUCGGACAAGCAGAUGCUGCUGCAAUGAAGAAGGAGAUUCAUCGCAUGGAGCUGCGAUUGGAGCAGUUGAAACGGCGCCAGGAGCAGAUGAUCGUCGAGAUGGAGCGCGCCAUUCACAAGCGCGACGUCAUCGCCCUGAAGCUCGAGCCCAAGGCCAAAAAGAGCAAACAGGCGGCGAACACGGCCAACGUGAAGCGCCAACUGCAGUCGCUGCGCAACAAUCUGAAGCUUUGUACCCAGGCCAAUGCUGAGGCAGAGCACAAGAUCACAGAAAGACAGCGCGAUCUGCAAGAGCUUCAGCAGACCAUCGAGCAGGCUGUGCAGGACUAUGGCAACUUGGAACGAGCCAAUGAAGCCCUCAGAGGAGAAGUACAGGUGGGCCAUAUUGAGAAACAGAGGAAUUUGGCCAGUAUCCUGAAGCUCCAGAGGGCUGCCAAACGCAUGGACGAGUUCGCCAUGGGCACCGGGCCACCUCCGGCGGCCAAUAUCCAGCAGCAGCUGCAGGAUCAAGUGCAGCUCCGAGGGAAGGUCGAGGAAAUCGUGAGGGUUUUGUCGGAAGCCUAUCCUCAGCUGGAAAGCCUUUGGGGGUCCUUCUUCACCUGGACGAACCCCAAGAGCGUGCGCAACGCAGACCUCAGUUGUAACGCCAAGUGUUCGCCUAGUCACCAGGGUGACUCUGGGGCACCAUUUUUUGACAUUUCGUUAGCUCAGAAGAGGAGCAAAAGCGCCCCGGAUUCGCUGGCAGAAGCUGCGCCCCAGGAGCUGGUGCCUGGCUGGGGAGCUAAGUGGAUGUCACAACGCGUUUCUCAGCCCAUUAUUCUGGUGUUCUUGCAGAGUGUUGCCACGGGUCUUGGCUUCCAAAGGACUGACAUUGACGGUCCAGAAGAGCCGAGCGAGCCGAGCGAGAAGUGCAAGGAGAUCCCCGAUGAGACGCCUUUGGAGCUGCUGCGACCCAGGACACCUCCCAGCACUUCUCACCUCCCACCCCCUGAAGGGCCCGAAGGGCCCGUCAUAACGCCCCUUGGUGCCUCAAACAUUGAAUUGAGGCCUAGGAGUGAUGGCCUGCCGCCUCCAGGCUGCCAGGGAGUCAUCUGGCGUUUGGACGAGAGCGUGCUGUCGGAGUUCCAGGAGGAGCCGGAUGAGGACUUUCUGGUGUCACAAAAGUCCUCCGCGCGACAUGUGGCUAGGAGAUUGGAGAAAGUGAGCACCGGCAUGCGACGGCUGCGAGCGGUGACGGAGAAGUUGGAGGAGAAGUUCCUGCGUUUUCAAGAGGAAAAGCUCGAGCUAGAGAAGAGGCAGCGACGCUUGAACAAGAGCUUAGAGGAUUCGGCCAAAGACCGUGCUGAGCUGGCUCAGAUGCGUCGGAAGAUGGAGGCGGAACAGAAGAAAUUUCUGGAAGAAAAGUCGCAAUUCGAAGAGGAGGUGCGCAAGAAAACCGACGAGUUGGCCCAGUCGAAACGGGCGCUCUCCACCGGGCACUUCGCGGUCUUGCCGCCCCACGUCCUUUUUCUGGCAGCACAGGAUGAAUUUGUGCGCGCGGUGCCGGAGCUCAAUGUUGCUGACAAGGCCUCUCUCCAUGGCAUCUCGCAGAAACCGGAGGCCGCCUUCUCCUCGGCAUGCUCCCUGUUCUUCAAUGGCGGCACAGGUCUGGACGCAGCGGAUGCCUUGGUCUCUGCUUUGCUCGCUUGCCAGUGCAUGCUGGACGCACAGGCGCCCCGAAGCUUUCAGAACUUGGAGCAACUCGUGGGGCUCGCACAGGCAGUGGCUCGUGGUGCUAAUGUGGAUGGCCGAUUGCGGCUGUCCUUCGCGGCCAGCUCCUGUGCCCUGUGGUGCAGCCUCCAAGUGUCUGAAUUUUUGGCGCGGAGGUGGGAUGAGGUGAAUUCCGAGUCGCAGGAUCUCCUCGAGGAAGACUUUGGCUUGAUGUACAAGCGCAUCAAACUCUUGUCACAAGCAGGCAGCGCCCUGAAGAGAUCGCAGAAGAGCUUGGGAGACUAUUGGGACCACAGGCGUCGUUUCAUCCGGUGCUUGGCCAAACCAGGGAGCGGCGCCGCCUCUGAGGCUGACCUUCGGUUGUUGUUCCUUCCCUUCCGUGACGUGAAGGGAACUGAACUGGCCGCCCACGUGCGACGUUUGAGUGGCGCGGUGGAAGAUCUGGUGGUGGAGAGCCGCAAGCGGACGGUGGUGAACCUGGAGGUCUCGGAGACAGCCCAGAUCAGCAGAUCAGCCCAGAUCCCAUGGACCGGUGACGCCGCUCAGUUUCAAGUCAACAGUGAACCACCUGACUUUGGUAGCCAAGAGUACUGGGAGGCGCACUUUGCCUCAGCCCCAAGGGGUGCGCCCACAGAUCCGAAAGCUUUGGAAUUCGAAUGGCUCUGCGGUGACUGGAAGAUCUUGUUGCCGCUCUUAACGCCUCAUCUGCCAAAGGAGGGAUGCAUUCUACACCCAGGUUGUGGGAUGUCCGUACUGCCCAUCCUUCUGCAAAGAGAGGCAUCACUGGAAGUAUUGAGCCUGGACAGCAGCCCCAGUUGCAUCAAGCUCAUGCAACAGCGCAAUUACGGCGGUGAUGGAAGCAAUCUUCGAUGGCGGGUCUGGGACGUAACGCGUUUGGAGGAGCUGCAGAUGGACGACCUCUCGGCGGUGGUGGAGAAGGGAUGUGCCUUGGCGUAG